AUGACAACCAAAGGAGCGCGUAUCAAAUCAACAACAAAUACUGCUCCAAAUAGUACUGUUAAAAAGACAGAUACAGUCGAACCAUAUCAUUGCAAAGGAAAAUUUUUGGAAGAUUUCGAAGCUUUAUGUCGACAAGCACAAAUCACAUAUAUUGUUCCGAUUGUACUACGACCGCAUCCACCAGGAACUCCAGUAGUACCAUCAGCUAUAGCUGAUAUUAAAGAUAAAGCAGCACCUAAAACAGCUAAAGGUGCAGCAAGUAAAGAACGUGAACAUACUGCUGUACAACAACCAAGUGAAGCUGAUAGUGGAGAAACUUCUCAUGAAGAUUCUCUACCAAAAACAUAUUCACUUCGUGAUAAUCUUGAAUAUUUUAAACCAAAAAUUCAAGUUGAAAUGGACAAUCCAGAAAAACAAGAUACUCUUACAGAAAUUCUUAUUCGUGCAUGGAAAAUUGAUCGUACAACAUUAGAUAUAUUUGCUCAAUCAUUUCCUACACUUGAACGUUUAGCUACUCUUCAUUUUUGGCAUACAGGUUUAACUGAUGAUACACUUAAACAAUUAGCUUCUAUUCUACCAAAAUGUCCUAGUAUUCGUACACUUAUACUUGAUGCUAAUCCAAUACCAUUUGAACAUUAUGAUGUACUUUUAACUGAUGAAAAUUCCCCAAUUAUAAAUUUAUCUCUUCGACAUUGUCAAAUAACAGAACGUGGUGCUUUUUUAAUAGCUCAAGGUUUAGGAACAGAACGUCGACAAAAUAAAAAAAUACAAACACUUAAUUUAGCUUAUAAUUCAUUAGGUGAUAAUGGUGCUGAACAUAUUGCACGAAGUUUAAAAUUUAAUCGUACUUUACUUGUAUUAAAUUUAAGUUCAAAUGAUAUCAGCGAUCCUGGUGCACAAAAAUUUGCUGAAGUUUUAAGUAAAUUUCCUUUAACAGAAGAUGAAUUAGUUUAUCGAAGAAAACUAUUACUACAUUCAUCAAUAUCUGAAAGUGUCCCAAGUCUUCCUUCAGGUAGACGACAUUUUGUUGAUCGACGUGCUUCAGCAGCUUCAAGUCCAACAGGUAUUGGAAGAAAAAAAUCUGGAGUUACUUCAACAACAGUACCAUCAAAAGGAAAAGGUGGUGCUGGUGCUACUGCAGGAAAACCUGAGACAAAAGAAACUGCUAAACCAGCAAAAAAAGAUGAUAAAGCAGCUAAAAAAGGUGCUACAAUUGCUGAAAGCAAAACUGCUAAAGGUGCUGCUGGUAAACAAAGUACAGAAAAAUUGGCAAAAACAACUACUAAUCCAAAAAGUUCUGGUAUAGCACCUGGAAAUCGUUCAGCAACACAAAGUGAACCUGAUUUUAUUAUUAAUGAUGGCAUACCAUUACUUGAUCAUAAUGCUGAGUUAUUAAAUAAUGAUCUUGUUUUACCAGGCAAUAGAUGUUUACUUAGUUUGAAUUUAUCAAAAAAUCGAAUAACUGAUACUGGUGUACAAUAUAUUCUUAAAGCCAUUCAAUAUCAAGAAAUGUUUAUAAAAUUGAAUAUUUCAUCACGAAAUUUAUCAUCAACUGCAACACCUUCUGUGCCUAAUCAAGGUCUUCUUCGACUUGAACUACAAAGAAAUGAUUUUAUUAUUAGUGAAUGUGAAGCAUAUGACAAAGUUCAAACAUUAUUAAAAAAUCGUCGUGAACCUAUUUUUAAAAACAAAGACAAUCAAGAUGAAUCAGCAACUGGUGGAAGAGACACGGUCGGAACUCCACAUGCAAAAUCACGCCAAGGUUUGAGUUAG